AUGCCCGGGUAUGAUAAGGAUUGGCUGUGGCGUGGGGACGAUCUCUUAUCAAACCAAGCUGCAAGUUCGGAACUGGCAGAUUCCGCCUAUACGGCUUUUAGCACUGGCAGGGCCCCUUACAAUUAUGUCCUUGGCAUGCCCCAUGAUGGUUGGCGCGCAUUUCUGCCAUGGCUGAUUGAAACCUACAAAAGCAAUUCUUCUACCAUUGAACAGGAGGGAGUGCAGGGGUGGUAUCAACUCAAUGCUGCUGGUAAUUGCGUCCACAACGGGGGUACCACUGGCAACACGGCCAACCAACUGGAGCUGGAAUGCUAUCCGUAUCAAAAUCCGCAUGACAGUAUCUUUUUCUCUAGUCUGCUAGGAUCUUCAGCAGACAUCUCGGUGACUAUCGGUGGCAGCAUGACAGGUACAUAG